AUGACUGAAAAGUGUAACAAAACCAACGGUCGCCCAUCGACAAUCGAAAGUUUGCCAAAAAUGGCGCCGAGCGAUGGUAUGAGCUACGCAACAGCUCAUCAGAAACGAUGCGAAGUGGUGUUUCAGACACUUUCUAAAGGAUUUCGAUCCUGCAUCAAUCACUACCAAUCCGAAGCGACACGACUGAAGACCGAAAUCGCCAAUGCCAAGGUGAAUGGGGAUAACUUGAAAGCGUAUAAUGAUGAGCUCCUACUCUGCGAAGAGACUCUUAUUAUCUACAACGCUCGUCUACACCGACUGAACAAACUCUAUGAGAGCUACCGGUCCGGACAGUACAAUCAGAUGAAAGCGAAAUCCUCAAGUCUCAGUGAGCUCCGCGCCGCGUUCAUUGGCUCCAAGUCAGAUGCCUCUCAAAAACCCAUCGACGCCGAACUAGCCAACCUUAUGGGUCGAGUAGUCGUCGACAUCAAAGCGAUCGUUGGCUUUGCCAGAAUCUCCCCCGGCGACGUCUUCGAAGUCCUCAUCAGACAUGGAGGUCAAAAAUGGAAAACGAAAGGAAAAACGUUGCAAGAUCGGACACAAAAAUGGGAAAAAGAGCAAGUGGUGUUGACGUGUAUUCCGGAUCAAUCGAUCGAUGUCAAGGUUUCCGAGUGUCGGCUGUUCAAGUCAAAAUCGUUGAAUGAUCGAUCUUUCGAUCCGUGUCAGCUAUUCUCCAGUCAGCCGCAGUUGGUGACAAUGAAUUUGAACUCAAUGGGAACGAUUAAAUUGCAGCUGGUCGUUACAUGGUUGUGA